AUGAUCAAUCACGUGUCGCCGGCGUCAAGCCUCAAGCGGCGCCGCCCAACAAGAGCUCGUCGCCACGAUGGAGUCCCUCGCCGAUGCCUGCCGGAGCUGACGAACGAGGCGGACGGAAACGUCGCGCAGCUGCGCGAAGGACGCGUGCGCCACAAGAGUCUCAAGAGCCGACCGGGCGCGCUGAAGAGGAAGGAAAAGGUUGUGCGGGGCGAGAUGGCGCGAUUCGGCGCCAGCAUGGCUGCUCUCGCGGCGACGCCCGAGGCGGCGGCGGCGGCGGCGGAGAACCAGACGAUGACCGUGGAGGACACCGCAGAUACUCCUGCCGCGCCGGCACCAGCGACAACAAAUCGGUGGGCAGCUCUGAGGCGGCACAUCUCGACAACAAUGGAGCAAAACCCUGCCUUCACCGGCCAGGGUGCCGGCAAGGGUUGA